AUGUCUCAGAGAGGAUCGUGGCGCCUCUGGGACAAGGUGGUGCAGACCCUGGGCGGCGAGAGGAGCGAGGAGACGACCGUCUCUCCUCGCUCUUCGCCGAGGUCGAUCGCUCGGAUUCGCUCGCAGCUCUUACAAAGGGAGCAGAAACUCUCGAUCUGCAAGAAAUACUUGAAUCCGGAAGGCUGCGACAAGAACGUCUGUCGCUCUUUGCACAUCUGCCCGAGGUUCCUGGCGGGCGUCUGCUCCCGGGUCAAGUGCGAGGACGGGCACGACAUCAAUGUCGCCCAUAACCGUCGCGUGCUCCGUCGAUACAAUGUCGACAACGUCAGCCCCGAGAUGUUGAGGAAGCUGAUCGAGACGGACAUGGUGGCCCCAUAUCUCUGCGAAGAAUACAAUCUCGGAGCGUCGUGCAAUCCUGAUAACUGCAUCAAGAUGCACCUCUGUGCCGGUUACAUAAUUGGAAAUUGCGAUGAAUGCCAAUUCAAUCAUGACAUAUUGGAUCCUCAGUGCGUGAAAUUGCUCAAGCAAUCAAAUGUCAGCCUGGACCGAACGAGAAAAGAACUGAAAACUUACUUGAGGAGAAAUUGUUCUACGAACAUAAAAGCCAUCGUCAAGCAAAAGAGAACACGAGAGAACGAAGGGAAGAGUUCGCCCAAGGAACAAAGCGAGAUGUCAUUUAAAAGUGCAGAUAUGGAACAUUCCGGAACGGAGACUAUCAGAGCCGUGACAGGAGAAGGUCACCUGGCGGCCCGACUAAGCCGGAUUCAAGAUAAGUCCAGAGUUCUGCGGGGAAAGAUCGGUGCCAAGACGAUCGUGCAGCAGCUGGGCCUCCUUGAGAAUUUCGUGGGUGAAGCCUUGGAGCGCUUGAAUCGAGAUCCAGCUCUCAGAGGAUGGUUUCGGAAAUCUCCAUUCCAUCCAAGGCGUCUAGAUGCGUGGCUAGAGGAAAAGGAAAUCGAAGCAAGGAAUUUUGACGAUUUUUUGAGAAAAUUCGAUGAUGCAGGAGUGGAAAUACGGGACGCCUCAACCGCAACUGACCAUGAAGAAAACAUGACCGUGAUUACCUUCGGUUACAAAGGCAUCGAUCCUUCCGAUCCCCUUCUCGACAGCCUAAGCGCUUGUUUGAAUGAGAAUCAACGGGACAUGCCUACCGAAGCGACCCAUUCAGUCUAUAGAGAUUCGGAUCGAAUGUUGCUCGUGUUCGAGUAUCAACGCGUCUUCCUCCACUACCAGCGGGCACAAGAACACCUCGACGUGAAAUUCGUAGCAGUUGAAAGAGCGGAAUUGAACGGUCCCUGCUUCAUCUCCCUCAGCGAAGGGGGAGGCGGAGCCCCUCAGGAAUUCGUCCCUCCGGGAGAACCUUCAGGCGUUCGAGUCGUCGCCUUGUCGGACGAAGCGGCCGUGGAGGUGCAUUGGAACAGGCCGGCAAUCGGCUGCGAUCACGUCAUGGAGUUCCACGUUUGGUUCAGGGCUCUUAACGAUGCGUGUGAUCUUUGGAAGUUCUCGUCGGCAACAUCUUCACCUGCGAAGAUUCUCGGUCUUACUUCAGGGGAAAAGUACCUUUUCGCGGUGACUGCAUUCUGUCGCCUCGGAUAUGGACCCAGCAGUUCAACUGUGAGCUGGAAUUUCCUGACCAGCAGGACUUUGCAUCAAGGAGAUCCACACAACCGAAUUAGCUUCCAACCACAAGAAACGGAAGCACAUAGCGAGAACAACAGAGAGAAGAAAGACGUAUCGCUGGCUCAGAAGAUGAAGGCCAUGUGCGAGAAAUCUGCUGGCAAUACCUAUGAAUUCCCUCGUGAAACUGUGAUGAAGGACAGAGAACACAGAUUGGCAAGAUAUGACAUCGGCAGUUCACAGGACAAGGGAACAGAAAAAGUCAUUAUGCUUCUUGGGUCCAUAGGAACAGGGAAGAGUACUCUCAUCAAUGGGAUUGCAAAUUACGCCUACGGAGUGAAGUGGGAAGACGAUUUUCGUUUCAAAUUGAUAACUGAAGAAGGAAACGAGAGUCACCAAGCCCAGAGCCCGACCAAGUGGAUCACUGCCUACGUUCUGCACAAAGAGGAAGGAUUCGCCCUUCCAUACACCUUGACUGUCAUCGACACUCCAGGAUUUGGCGACUCUGCAGGGUUGCAGCAAGAUGAAGCACUGAUGAACCAAUUCCGAGCACUCUUCUCCAGGAGCGGAUUCAUGGGUGUUGAUCACCUCGACGGGAUCUGUUUUGUCAUGCAAGCUCCAUCGGCCAGGCUCACCCCCACGCAAGAAUAUGUAUUCAACUGCAUAUUGUCAGUGUUUGGGAGAGAUGUCAUUGACAACAUAUACGUGCUCAUCACCUUUUCGGACAACAAAGUUCCUCCGGUCUUGACUGCUAUGGAGAAAACUAACAUGCCCUAUAAGAAGUACUUCAAGUUCAACAAUGCCGUUCUCUUCGCGGAUAAGCAAAGCGAAUGCGCCGAAGGUGACAAAAUUUGUUGGGACAUGGGUGUCACGAAUUUCAAAUGCUUCUUUGAAAACUUGCAGGAAAUGAAACCCAUGACUUUGACACUGCCAAAAGUUGUGCUGGAGGAAAGGAAACGUUUGCAGAAAGCCAUUCAAUUCAUUCUACCGCAAAUCACAGUUGGUUUGGAGAAACUGGAGCACUUGAGGCAAGAACAUGCUGCAUUGAAACAGUGCCAAGAAGCGAUUGAAGUAAACAAUAUAUUUCAAUACGCAGUGAAGAUUCACGAACGAGGAAGAGUCGACCUGAAACCAGGCGAGUUUGUGACAAAUUGCCUGAAAUGCAACUUUACCUGCCACUAUCCUACCACGAUGGAACGUGAUGACUGGAAUGCAGACUGCGCUGUUAUGGACGUUUUCACAGGAAAAUGUCUGGUCUGUCCUAAUAUGUGCCAUAGGAAGGAGCACAUCAACACCCAGUAUUGCUUUGAACUAAGCGAAAAAGAGAUAAUUACCUCAAGAAAAUGCAAUGAGAAAUCCGACAAUUAUAACGGUGAAACCUUAAAUACCGAAGCAAUAGUGAAGGAACUCACCAAGGAAUUCAAUCGGGAGAGGUUGAAGGUUCUGCAACUCAUCAAAAGAGCUUACGGUUGCUUACAGAGGCUCAAUGAAAUCGCCCUGAAAAAAGAUCCACCGUCAGUCACAGAUUUCAUCGAUCACCUGAUGGAGCCGGAAAAACGAGAAGCCCGUACGGGCUUUACCCAAAGGAUCAAGUAUCUGGAAUAUAUCCGUGCAAAGGUCGAAUCAGUCAUACAGCUACAGAAUGACUUUGAUCCGUUCAAAGUGUUCUUGAAGGAGUUUCAUGAGGAAGAGUUAAACCUUUGCUUCUUCGACCCAGAUCCUCUCGCGAUGAAUAGUCCAAAAGACACUUUUAAAUCUGAUGUAAAAAAAACUUUGUCCAGCGCUCCCCAAUAUCUGAAAAAAUUGAGACGGACUGUUCCUCUUGUGAUGGAUGGCCCAGGCGGGUUUAUUCCGAAUCCUAAUAGUAGGGACGUCCUCAUCUGA